AAAUAAAUGAUUAGUGUAAGUUUACCCGCCAACCUGAGACCAUUGGAGAAGUAGGUGGUGUUAGUAGAAAGAAUGAGGGGGAAUGCGAAAAAGAUCUUCAUGCGUGCUGCUGUGACAUAUUUUGCCGACUUCGACUACUCGUUCUGUGCAUUUGCUUCGCGGGCUCUGUGUUAUUUUAAACCGCAAGCAUGUCAUUACCACGCGGUUCCCCCGGCAUCACAUUCAUGUUCGUGAUUCGUUAGAUUGAGCGGGAUAUUUAUGCCUUUGUCGAUCAUGGGGAUUCCCCAACCUCCAUCAUGGCGUCGGAUACAACAAUGUCGGAUACAACAAUGUACUCCACUGUUUUCACUGACUUGAAUAUGCGGUUCGAAUGGUUAAUUGAUCUCUUCAAUGAAACGUUGCAUAAUUAUGAACGACCGGUUAAAAGGGGUUUCUUCUGUUCGGAUACUUCUAUCCGAUAUCCAUAUUUUUCGGAUGAUACUAUCAGCAUAUUCACUCUGUUGUGCAUCAUAACCGUGCCACUGUUAUUUAUGAUCUGGCACCAGAGUAUAAGUUGGAUGCUGGCAUAUCGAAGAAGUGACGUCGAUUCUAUCCUCCAACGACCACACCCUAUGGGUGUGGUGGGUGGGGCACUUCUCACAACUCUCCUCACUGUCUGUAUGAAGCUCGGCAUAGGGAGAUUAGCGCCCAAUUUUUAUGAAGGUUGCAUGCCGAAGUCAGAUUGUUACAACAGUGGCUACUGGAGUGAAGUUCUUAGUCACAUGUAUAUAACUGAUUUUACAUGUUUCCAUCCAGAGAGGUUAAGGGAAGUAAGUCGAUCAUUUCCCUGUGUGUACACAUCAUUGUCAUCAUUUUCUUGGUUCUAUUUCUUGAUAUACUUGGUAUACAACUCCCCAACGCCUAGUCUCCGAAGAACAUUCGCUGUCAUUACCUGUCUUGCAAUCCCCGCCUGUGUCGCAUUCACUCGUCUUCAUGACAACAGGAGUCAUUCAGGUGACGUAAUUGCAGGAUGCAUUCUGGGUAUUUCGAUCGCAGUUAUCUUGACAGUCGGUAGAAAGGCAAAGUCUGAUUGGACUGAAGAUGAUAAAGACGUAGACUUUGAAAUGCUAUCUAUGAGGGAAUCGGAGGAAGCGUCUAAAGAGAAGAACCUCAGACCGACGGUUAGAGUUUGCUCAUCGGCCUUGACGUCUAACAUUCAAGGUUUCAUUGACGAGCUCAAACACCGCUUAAACGAUUAUGUCGUAGGCAUUGAUCACGUCAUACUUCCAUACAGCGAUCUCGAUUCAUUUAAACCGACUGGCUGGAAUAAGACUGAUGUCGUCAUAUUGUGUCAUUCCAUCAAUAAUCGAAGGCUAUCGAUCACUGACGUGACAGACGCCCUUUACAAUGAAUUCCUUAAGAUGGUUACGAAACAUUGCGGAAAAGACUCUGUUAUUGUGAUAGCACAUGAUUUCGAAUGGAAGGAAGAUCAGUUACCUAAGGCCCGAGAGGAUAUUGAAGCGACACUUCGUAUCAAGCAGCCUACCACCUUCAAAUGCGCGGGAACGGUCAUUUUGGCGGGAAAACUAGACAAAUGGAAAGCAUCUACCUGUUUGUCAGAUGUUGACUGGAAAAACAUCGAAGCUGUUAUCCCAAAAUAAAAAUUUGCCUGAUCGUUUGCUUUAAAAAUCCUCAGUUCAAGCUUGAAAUGACCGCUCAUUAUCAGAGAGCCGAGAGGGAGAUGAAUACAAAGAAUGGGACCCAUCAAAUUUCGCUUAAACCUGCUCCGACAUCCUACACUCAUGAAUGGUAGAGCGAAUUACACUUUAAAGAGCUGCGCAAAAUCAUUUUAUAUUGUACACGCAUGGUGCGCAUAUUACCCUGGCUAUAUCAUGUAUAUAGGCCUACUUUUUAAAAUGGCCAUCUAUUCCUUACAAUUUUCUUUUUCUCACGUUGUUAUGCACUCUUAUUUUCCUCCCCAUUUAUUCAAUACAAUCUGAAAUUUCCUUUCUUUAUAUAUGUAUCAUCUAUAUAGUGGAAGUGUCGUGGUGUAGAAUUUGAUUCUUAACCAAUGGUCGAUGGUUCGAAAUCCCACUGGCGUUAAGGUCCCUUGGCAAGGCACGUUGUCUCUCUCCAUCCAGGUGAUAAAUGAAUAGGCCUACCUUGAUAGGAUGUCAGAUUGGCAAGUGUGCACUGGUAAAAGCUAUUGCCUGGCCAGGAUACUCACCAAAGGAGUGGAGAUAAUGUACUUUAUGGGUGGAUGAGUGGUGAAUCAAAAUGAAAGUGGUAUUGUAAAGCAAUUUAAAACACAAAUCGUGAAGUGCUAUGAAAACGUAUUUAUUAUUAUUUUUAGUGUGGUUUUGGCAAAACUUAUUUCGUUUAAUAUGAUGUAAAUAUUCAUAUUUGAUAUCUUGUACAUAUAGUGUUCAGUACAAACUCAUACAUCCUAUUGGAAAUAUGGGGGAGGGGUGACGCUUUGAACUAAAAAUUGUAUCAAAUUUUCCAUUUUGCUUUUUUACAGGUCUGUUAAUCAUUUGUUAUCCUCUUUUUGUCAAGCUUUCUUAAAAUAAGAACCUCUAACUAAAACGAUAUAAAAUUCAGGAAAUUAAUCUGCAUAAAUGUAUUUCACAUUGCUUUAUUUUAAAACAAAGUUCUAUUACCGGGGAAAAAGAGGAAGAAAUGAAGACGAAGAAAAAAAAGAAAGGUAUCAGAAAGACAGUCUUGUGUCGCAUAAUAACUUGAUAAUAAGUGAUCAUUUAAUGAACUCAAGGAUGUCAUCUGCAUGAACGUUUCGCAAAGUAUAUUGUAAACAAUUGGUUAAAGUUUAAAAAAUGAUACGUUGCAUUUAAUAUGAAGUACGGGAUAUUCAGGCAAUGUUGCAAUCUCGAAAAUAUUAUGAUUACAAUAUAGAAUUAUACAUCAUUCUAGUAAUUUUUCGUAAAACCCUUUUUUAACUUUAACUAAUUGUUUACAAUAUGCUUAUAUUGAUUGAUUUUUGUAUCUAUUUUGUUGUCAUUUUGUUUUAAUUUGCAUUACCCCCAUUUUUGUCUCACCAGCAUAGCAGAGUGAGACUAUAGGCGCCGCUUUUCCGACGGCGACGGCGUCAACACCAAAUCUUAAAUGACAGCAUAACUUAGAAAGUGUAUGGACCUAGUUCAUGAAACUUAGACAUAAGGUUAACCAAGUAUUACUAAACAUCCUGCCUGAGUUUCAGGUCACAUGACCAAGGUCAAAAGUCAUUUAGAGUCAAUGAACUUAGACCAUGUUGGGGGAGUCAACAUCAAAAUCUUAACCUUAGGUAUACCUAAGGUUAAGUUUUCGAAAUGUCAUCAUAACUUAGCAAAUAUAUGAACCUAGUUCUUGAAACUUGAACAUAAGGUUAAUCAAGUAUUACUUAACAUCCUGCCUUAGUUUCAAGUCAGAUGAUCAAGAUAGUCAAAGGUCAUUUAAGGUCAAUGAAAUUUGGCCAAGUUGGGGGUAUUUGUUGAAUUACCAUCAUAACUUUGAAAGUUUAUUGGUCUAGUUCAUAAAACUUGGACAUGAGAGUAAUCAAGUAUCAUUUCAAGUAUCUUUCAUGUCACUAUAUAAAACAAAUUCUUGUCACUAAAUAAAAUUUUUGCUCGCGCUUCGCGAUCGCAUUGCCUUUUAGGUGAUUUACAUAUCUUGUUCAAUAUGAAGUUUAAAUAUCAAGUUUGGAAGUCUAUAUACAAAACAUAUUUCAUCUCGGAAAUCGAACUUUCAUUAUUUUGUGUGAUUUACAAAUCGAUUUUUAAAAAGGGCUCCGUAAAAAUGUCAGUUCUAUGGUCUGAAUAUUAGCAUUUUCUGCUCGCGCUACGCGCUCGCAAAUUUUGAUUUAUCAGGUACCUAUUAUCUUCGUAUAUUCCAUAAAGUUUUCAAAAUAUCCCUUUUCAGGUCUGAUUUUCAAAACGUAUCAGCUAGCGCUGCACGCUCGCAUUUUGAUUGGCGAGUUGUUUGUCUCAAUAUUGAUUAACAAAAAACUACUUAAAAUCCCCUUUUCAUGACAGUGUAUACAAAAUUUAGGCUCGCAAUUUGCGCUCGCAUUAAUGGUUAAUAAUAUAUUAACUGAUGCAUCCUAGUUAUAAUUACAAAAGUGCUUGAAAUGUCCAGUUUUCAGGCCAUCAUAUCAUCACAUUUCGCGCCCUCAUUAGGCAUUAAUGAAUAAGAUAUUUAUUUCAUAAUUGAUCCCUUUUGUUUCAUCUCGCGCUUAGCAAGAGGAAUAGGAAGACAGUCUUCAUUUUUAUAUUAUGUCCCAAGGAUGUGCCGGUCCUAUGUCAAAACUCAAAGUAAUAAUAAUGAAAAUAUCAGCUCUUUAUUAAGUGCGAUGCAUAUCCACCUCAUGCACAAUUUUCCUACAAAGUGCUUGAAAUAUAGAGCUGAAAUUGACUCUUUUUUUCAGAUCGGAAUAUCAAAUAGUUUGAGCUAGCACUCGCUUGAUUUUCACGAUUAAAGAUGUAUUUAGAAUGCCUAUAUUCUAGGUCUAAAUAUGAAACACGCGCGCGCAUGUUUAUUCGAUACUCAACUUGUUCUCUAUUCAAAUCAUUAUCCAGUUUCAGAUCACAAUAUCAAAAAUUUUCUGCUCGCGCUUUGUGCUCACAUUAUUAAUGUAGAAAGAUCCCCUAUUACUCAUUCUAUUCAUGAUUUACAAAACAUGAAUAGAGUGUCCCGUUUUUUAGGUCUUAAUGUCGAUUUUUUUUUCUGCUCGCGCUUCACGCUCGCAUCAAUUGUUUAGUUAUAAAGCUAUCUUGUUUAUGAUUAAAAAAAAUGAUUAAAAUUUUCCAUUCAUUAUGUAGAAAUGUCAAUUUUUUUCAGCUCGCGCUUCGCGCUCGCAUUAUUUGAUUGCUGAAAAAUGUAACGUCUUCAUGGCUAAGUGGCAGUCCUUAACAGGUACCUUUUCGAUCAUUUCAAAACGCAUAUGGAAAUUUUCUGCUCGCGCUUUGCGCUCGCAUUAUUAAUGUAAAGAACAUCCCCAAUUACUCAUCAUUUUCAUGAUUUACAAAAUAUGAAUAGAGUGUCUCGUUCAGAAGGUCUAAAUCUCGAAAUUUUCAACUCGCGCUCGCAUCAAUUGUUAAGUUAUAUACCUAUUCUGUUUAAGUUACAAAAAGUGCUUAGAAUCUCCAUUCUUUGGGUAAAAAUGUCAAAAAUUUAAUCUCGCGCUUCGCGCUGGCAUUAUUUUAUUUUUAAAAUAUGUAACGUCUUCAUGGCUAACAGCUUGCAGUCUUUAACAGGUACCUUUUCCAUCAGUUCAUUUCUGCUCGCGCUUCGCGUUCGUAGUCAUUAUUUAGUUGCAUACACAUCUUUUUCAGGAUAACAAACAUUGCCCAGAAUGUUCAAAUUUUAGGAAAAAAUACAUAAGAUUUCCAAAAAAUUUAGCUCGCGCUUCGCGCUCACAUUAUAUGAAUGAGGAUUAUGAUAUUAUAUAUUUAUGUUGAUUAAUAAAAAUAAAGCUAAAAAGUGACUAUUAGGACUACCCCUUCAAAGAAACCAAAAAUCAUCUUCGAGCGGCCGAUCGGGGAAAAUAUGUAACGUCUUCAUGGCUAACAGCAUGCAGUCUUUAACAGGUACCUUUUCCAUCAGUUCAUUUCUGCUCGCGCUUCGUGUUCGUAGUAAUUAUUUAGUUGCAUACACAUCUUUUUUCAGGAUCAAAAACAUUGCCCAGAAUGUUCAAAUUUUAGGAAAAAAUACAUAAGAUUUCCAAAAAAUGUAGGUCGCGCUUCGCGCUCGCAUUAUAUGAAUAAGGAUUAUGAUAUAUAUUUAUGUUGAUUAAUAAGAAUAAAGCUAAAAGUGACUAUUAGGACUACCCCUUCAAAGAAACCAAAAAUCAUCUUCGAGCGGCCGAUCGGGGAAAAUAUGGCUGAAAAAAAAUUCCGGGUCCCCCUAUUGGCGAAGGCUGGAUCCGCCCCUGGGUAUCUGUUGAAUUCCCAUCAUGAUCGACUUUGAAAGUUUAUGGAUCUAAUUCAUGAAACUUAGACAUAAGAGUAAUCAAAUAUCACUGAACAUGCUGUGCAAGUUUCAUGUCACAUGAUCAAGGUCAAAGGUCAAAGAUCAUUUAAGGUCAAUGAACUUUGGCCAUGUUGGGGGUAUUUGUUGAAUAACCAUCAUAACUCUGAAAGUGUAUGGAUCUAGUUAAUAAAACUUGGACAUAAGAGUAAUCAAAUAUCACUAAACAUCUCAUGCGAGUUUCAGGUCACAUGACUAAAGUCCAAGGUCAUUUAAGGUCAUUGAACUUUGGCCAGUUUGGAGGUAAUUAUUAGAUUGCUGUCAUAACUUUCAAAGUUUAUAGAUAUAGUUUAUAACAUGUGGAUAUAGGGGUAAUCAAGUAUCACUGACAAGUCUUAGGUUGCAUGAUCAAGGUCAAAUGUCAUUUAUUGUCAAUGAACGUAGUAUUGUAUCAUUAUAUGGUGUUUUUUUGUGAAUAAUUAUUUCAUAGUAGUUUUCAAAGUCAGCAGUGCUGCUAUAUUGAAUCGCGUGACGCAGGUGAGAGUGCCAGAGGCGCUCCACUUGUUUAUGUUCAAUGUUUUAAUCUGGUAUAUUUAAUUAUAUCAUAUUUCAUAAUGUCAGGUAGUCAGUUUCCAUUUUUUUGUCAAGGUGUCAGCACCAUGUAAAGGCUUUUCUUUCAUUUUCUGUCAUUCAUAUUUUACUAUUACCACUGUUUAUUCCGGGUAUAUUCUGUUAUCUAUAUUUUCUUUGUGUACAUAUAAUUUUGUUUUUAUUGUGUUCUGUUUAAUGAAUUCAUUUUAAAACAAUAUGUACUUUUUUCAAACAUUUUCCAGAUUUUGAUGAAUAUUGUAUUAUUUUACGAUUUUCCAUCUAAUGUAUUUUGGACUUUGAAUGUACCUUGUUUUGUUCUGUUUUAUUUCAUGAUGAAUGUAAUAAAUACUUUCGUUAAAAACCAG